UCAGCGCUGAACAGCUAGGUGGUCGCGCGUUGCGUUAACAACGAUUGUUUACGUUAAAUUCUGGAAGAUAGACUUAAAGAAAAAAGUAAUAAUAUACAAAUAAAAAAGUUCAAAAGGAUAAUAUUGUAUCGUGUAGAAAUUCGUUCGAUGGCCGAGAAUGCGGUGGUUCAAUCCGAUAGAGUAAGACUCGUCACGUUACAUAACCUAUAAAUUCAAUAUCUAAGCGUUUGAAAAUGGUAUAUUCUAACGUUGAUAGCUGGACCUGGGGAUGGCUUAGCUGGUCUCGAUCGUCCACCACUAUGUUACGGGCUGCUGAGAAGAAAAUACUAUCAUGUUUGAAAACGGCAUAUCGCGGAUGGUAUGUUGAUAUCGGACCGGUUGUAGGAAACGCGGACAAAAUUUGGACAAUAUCAUUGAACGAAGAAUCACCAAAAACUCCGAUCGUCUUGCUGCAUGGCUUAGGCGCUGGUGUAGCUUUAUGGUGUUUGAAUUUGGAUGGCCUGGCGGCUCAGAGACCAGUUUAUGCCAUAGAUUUAUUAGGAUUUGGACGGAGUAGCAGGCCUGAUUUUAGCAAUGAUGCAAAAGAAGCUGAAAGUCAGUUGGUACGAUCGGUCGAAGAAUGGAGGCGAGAAAUGCAGCUUGAAAAGGUUGUCCUCCUUGGCCAUUCCAUGGGGGGUUAUUUAGCAGCUUCAUAUGCCAUGAAAUAUCCAGAACGAGUAAAACAUCUGAUCCUAGCUGACCCCUGGGGCUUCCCGGAGAAACCAUCAGAUUAUGCUUCCAAAAGCAAUGUUCCGCUUUGGGUCAAAGCCAUAGCAUUUGUUGUACAGCCUUUGAAUCCAUUAUGGGCGGUCAGAGUUGCUGGACCAUUCGGACAGUGGCUGAUUGAAACAACCAGACCGGAUAUAGUAAAGAAAUUUACUCCUCUAUUAAAGGAGGAUGUAGGAAUUAUUGCACAAUACAUUCAUCAAUGCAAUGCACAAACGCCUUCGGGUGAGAGUGCUUUUCAUGCCAUGAUGCACGGAUUUGGCUGGGCAAAAUAUCCAAUUGUAAAAAGAAUGGACCAGUUAAAGGCCGAUAUCCCUAUUACAUUGUUGUAUGGCAGUCGAUCAUGGGUGGACAACACCGUCGGAGAAAUAAUAAAACAAAAGAGAUCCAACUCUUAUGUUAAUGUACAAGUAAUAAGUGGUGCUGGUCACCAUGUAUAUGCUGACAAGAGUGAAACAUUUAAUAAACAUAUACUGGAGGCAUGCGAGCAGUGUGAUGAAAUUGAGAAGCCUGCAUCUUCAAAUCUGAACUUGGCAAUAGAAGAUGCCAAUGACAAAUAUGCAGCAAGAGAUGAUGAAGAGGGAUCUAAAGUAGACCGACUAGAACCGCCCGAACUAACCAGCUCUCGACCAAGAUCUAGUUGAAGAUCGUAGAACGUGCUUUAUGUAAAUUUGAACGCUGUGCAUUGUGGUCUUGCCUUUAUUUAUAUUCGAUUCAUCCUGGUACAGAAUAGAUAUGAGAUGAUCGGUUGUAGAUAUUAUUCAGCAAGUUUACCACAACGCGACAAAUGAUGAUUUUUAUGUCAUACAAGCCUACUUACUCUUCAUUUUUCCUUUGUAUUUAUCAUUUCGAUAUAUGUUAAACGAGCUUCUUAUUUAUCAAAAAUUACCUAUCUCUGAUAAUGUGAUAUUUAAAUAUUUUGAAAACUGCAUUAUUUCGCUGAGGUUUUGUUAUGGUACUUCCAAACUUUCUGAAAUAUUUUUACGCAGCUAGCUUCACACUCAAUACUUUCGAAAUUUGAAGUUUAUCUAUAAUUAUUGUUUCUAGAAAGGCAAAGUGCAAUCUCAGUCACUUUUUUUAACAGCAAAACAAGUGUUCCACGCAAGUUACUUAAAACUAAGCAUUACAUUGAUGUUUUUUGUUACGACAUCAAAACUUGCUCCUCAAACUCAAAAUCAAGAUUUCAUGUAUCUAAGAUCACCUCAACAUAAAGUUAAACAUACUAUCAAGCUAUGGUAAAAUUUGUGUAAAAAUUGAAACUGUUUUAGGUAGACAAUUGUUUAAAAUUUUGCGCGGUCGAUGGCAAAAUACUGAUCAAACUUGCACCCUAUAAACUCUUCGUUUUACUAACACUUUAACUGUUUCAAAAUUUUAUACGUAUAUGCUAUACAUAAAUGAGAUUUUGGAUAGACAAUUAUAAUUUUGUUAGAUAAGUCUUAAUUUCAACGUGUUAGAUGCUCUUACAUUUUAAUAUUAUAAUUAUAUAAAUUUUAUGACUGUAUGUCAUUACUAUAGUAGCUAAAAUUAGAAAUAUCGUAGAAAAUUCUGGAGUCAGAUUACUACGAAUUGUUCUUUUCGAUAAUAAGAGCAGGACAAAAUCUUUUAUGUCAAAGAAAGUGGUUAUAAAAUAUGAAGUACAAAUCAAGAUUGCUUUGUCGGGAAUAUUGCCAGUACAUAGGGUAUAUGAAUAUUGGAUCAAAUUUUAUGUUGUUAAUGUUAUAUUCUGUACGCUGUGAACCGGUGUAAAUCACUGCAUAUUACACUGAAAGAAAACUAAUAAUUUACCUCAAGUUGUGCAGGUAGAAACUAGAAAAAUAAUUUAAAUGAAAUAUUACAAAGAGAAAUUUAUUUUUCUGUUAUUAUUACCUAUUUUUAUUUGAAUCUUGCCAUAUUUAUGAACAAAAAAACUGAUAAAAGUUUACAACACUAUUACCGAGUUGUCAAAGUAUUACGAAAUACAUGUAUAUUUACAUAUUCCGCAUCACAGAAAACAAACGCAACUUUAAUAAUGUAAGUAUUGUAUUUAUACGAAACAAUAAAAGUAUAUUCUUUAUUUACAACUUUAACAACAUUGUUUUAAGUAAUGCUGUACACCAUUAUUGUUGAGGAAAAGCCGCUAAUUUGAAGUAUUGUCAAUUAUUGAGAAAUAUAUUGAAGUACAAAUUUUUAUGUAAAA